CCUAGCCAUUGACAGGCUUUGCCUCGGCGAGAGAGAACGACAUUAUUUAUUCUCCCGUAAAAUAAAUAUCCUUUCAUUUUCAUUCUCGCUUGCUUUAAUGUCGAAGCAGAGCAGCUUGCAGAGAAGGCACACAUAGCUCUUUCUUCUUCAGAGUCAAUUAACCUACGCACUUCCAGUUUGUUUGGUUUCGGGACUUGGGAGCUGAAGAGAGAAAUGCUUGCGUCAAGAAUGAUCAACAGUUUCACUCAAUCGCUGUGAAUUAAUAGAGCAACGGUUUUGCAGAGGAGAGCAGAGGAAGUCGAUUUGUGGUUGUGGUGGAACAACACCACAGAAAGAGUAUUCGGUUUAGCGGCAAGAGAUCGAAGCGCCGUGAGAAUUAACGGUGGAUGUGGGCUGUUUUUGCGGGUUUUGAAGAGGCACUUGGGGAAGAAGCAGCUAAAUAAAAGGGGAAUUAAUCACGAGAGUGUCUGACAUGCUUAGACACUGAGGUAUCUUUCUUUUUGAGGACACGUCGCUCCAGAGAGCAAUGGGAGACAGAUGGAGAUAGAGAUUUCACUAUACUACUAUACUCUGCUCUGAUGGGCUCCUUUCCUUUUCAUCUUUGAAGGCACAGCCAUUUUCUGAGCUUCCCAUUGGACGGCUUCAUGUUUUUUGGAGGGUUUCACUUUCCUGCCCUUUUUCAUCCCAACUUUUUAAUUCCUUUUCCCUGGAGAAUCUAAUCUCAUCUCGCCAAGGUUCCACUAUUUUUUCAGGACCCUGUACUCUCUUAUCUGUUGCUGAGCAAAUGGGAAGAGCCGCCCGGUGGUUGAAGAGCUUGUUUGGGAUAAAGAAAGACAGAAACCAUGUUUCAGAGGGAGAACUCACAGAUUUAUGUCACAAUCCAACCACUAUACCGCCAAACAUCUCGCCUGCAGAAGCUGCUUGGCUUCAGUCGAUCUACACCGAAACAGAGAAGCAGCAGAACAAGCAUGCCAUUGCGGUGGCUGCGGCCACCGCUGCCGCCGCUGAUGCCGCCGUGGCAGCCGCUCAGGCUGCGGUGGCCGUGGUUAGGCUGACCAGCCAUGGAAGAGGCACCAUGUUUGGCGGUGGUGGACACGAGAGAUGGGCUGCCGUUAAGAUUCAAACAGUAUUCAGGGGAUACUUGGCAAGAAAGGCACUGAGAGCUUUGAAAGGAUUGGUGAAAUUACAAGCACUUGUGAAAGGCUAUUUAGUAAGGAAGCAAGCCACAGCAACCUUUCAUAGUAUGCAAGCUCUUAUCAGAGCCCAAGCCACUGUCAGGUCUCAGAAAGCUCGUAGGCUUAUGAGCAAAGACAAUGAAGCCUGUAGAUUUGAAGCUCGAGCGCGAAGAUCUAUGGAGAGAUUUGACGACACUAGGAGUGAGCAUACUGCUCCCAUUCACAGCAGAAGGAUGUCUUCUUUUGAUGCAACAAUAAAUAACUCUAACAGCUUCGAUGGAAGCCCCAAAAUAUUGGAAGUAGACACUGGCAGGCCUAGAUCGAGGUCUCGGAGGACCAACACUUCUUCAAUUUCAGAUUUUGGUGACGAUUCACAAUUCCAAGCACUUUCCUCUCCUCUUCCAGUCCCUUGUUGUCGUACCCCUGCUCGCCUAUCCAUACUGGACUGUCGCCGGAAUCUGCAGGACUUCGAUUGGGGGUUGACAGCGGAAGAAUGCAGGUCGUCCACGGCACAGAGCACUCCUCGAUUCACCAGUUCUUGCGGGUCUUUCAGCUGUCAGGCGACGGCUUGCAGGCGCGUUUGCGCCGGCGAUGGAUUUUGCCGGCAGUACGGGAAUUUCCCGAAUUACAUGGCGAAUACUCAGUCUUUUAGGGCGAAAUUGAGGUCUCACAGUGCUCCAAAGCAGAGGCCAGAACCGAAGAGGAGGGUUUUGCUGAACGAGUUGAUGGAGUGUAGGAGUAGUUUGAGUGGGGUUCGGAUGCAGAGGUCUUGCUCGCAAGUUCAGGAAGCCAUUAACUUCAAGAAUGCAGUGAUGGGCAAGCUCGAAAAAUCUGCAGAAUCUGGUAGGGGAAGAGACAGCAAUUACUGGCAGAGGAGGUGGUGAUAAAUAGAUGGACCUAUCUUUGUUUUCACUUUGAUGGCAAUUUGCAGACAUGCAACAGAGGAGACGAGAAUGAAGACAAAACAGGAGGAAAUUAAAGCAUCCAAGUGUAAAAAUUGACCAGUUUUCAUGUGUUGUAAAUGGAACGCAGCGAAAUGAAAUAUGCCUAGUGCAGUGAAUGCUUGUUUCCUUAGUUACAAUCAAACCCUAAAUUAUUUGUAGGCUAUGGAUGAAAGUGUAAUUGGGACGGAUAAA